GGUUUUAAUAAAGUGUUCCGCAUAUUAUACGUCAUUUUUGAACUUCGACUGCAUCAGACUGGUGUCAAACCGUAUUCUGUGGAACUGAGACAGUGACGACAGUGUGUAGUGUGCUCGCUCGUGAUUCGUUUUCUGGAAGUUUACACAGUGCAAGUAGCGUAUCGUUAUUAUCUUUGUUAAAAUCUAAACCUGGAAUUGUUAAAUUAAGAUUAAAAAAUGGUUAAGGAAACAACAUUUUAUGACAUCCUUGGAGUGAAACCCGCUUGCACAACAGAUGAGCUUAAGAAGGCAUAUAGAAAAUUAGCACUCAAAUACCACCCGGACAAGAAUCCUAAUGAGGGGGAGAGGUUCAAGCAGAUCUCCCAGGCGUAUGAGGUGCUCUCCAACCCAGACAAGAGGAGAAUUUAUGACCAAGGUGGCGAGCAAGCCCUCAAAGAGGGCGGUGGUGGCGGCGGCGGCUUUUCCUCCCCCAUGGACCUGUUCGACAUGUUCUUCGGCGGGGGCUUCAGCGGCGGCCGGCGGCGCGGGCGCGAGCGCAAGGGCAAGGACGUGAUCCACCAGCUGUCCGUCACGCUGGAGGAGCUGUACCGGGGUGCUGUUAGGAAGCUGGCGCUGCAGAAGAACGUCAUCUGCGAGAAGUGUGAGGGCCGCGGUGGAAAGAAGGGUGCGGUCCAAACAUGUCCAACAUGCCGCGGCUCCGGCAUGCAGGUCCAGAUCCAGCAGCUGGCUCCGGGCAUGAUCCAGCAGAUCCAGACUGUGUGCAGCGAGUGCCGCGGCCAGCGGGAGAUCAUCGACCCUAAGGACCGCUGCAAGCUGUGCCAGGGCCGCAAGACGGUGCGCGACCGUAAAAUCCUGGAAGUGCAUGUGGACAAGGGAAUGACGGACGGACAGAAGAUUGUGUUCAGCGGGGAAGGUGACCAGGAACCGGAACUAGAGCCCGGAGACCUUAUUAUCGUUUUAGAUGAAAAGGAACAUGAAGUGUUCAAACGCUCCGGCAACGAUCUCAUCAUCCGCCUGAACAUCGAGCUGGUGGAAGCUCUGUGCGGCUUCCAAAAGGUCAUCCGGACCCUGGACGACAGAGACAUUGUGAUAACGGUCAUGCCCGGGGAGGUCACCAAGCAUGGCGAGGUCAAGUGUGUGCUGAAUGAAGGCAUGCCGAUGUACAAGAACCCGUUCGACAAGGGCCAGCUCAUCAUCCAGUUCCUAGUAAACUUCCCGAGCAACAUUCCCCCCGAAGUCAUUCCCGCGCUCGAGAACUGCCUGCCGCCCAGACCAGUGAUUGACAUACCCGAGCUGGCCGAGGAGUGCCAUCUGGUGGAUCUGGACCCUGAGCAGGAGUCGCGGCGGCGGCGCGCGCAUGCUGGCCCCGCCUAUGACGAAGACGACGACCACCCCGGCAUGAACCGAGUGCAAUGCGCCACCAGCUAGGCUAGCCAGCCCCCAAGCUGCUCCG